AGGGUGAUGGACUUCACACCAAAUGAAGAGUUUGAUGAGCUUUGCCCUGUAUGUGGAGAUAAAGUGUCUGGAUAUCAUUACGGACUUCUUACCUGUGAAAGUUGUAAGGGGUUUUUCAAGAGAACGGUUCAGAAUAACAAGAGAUACACAUGCACACUGAACCAAGACUGUGGCAUUGAUAAAACCCAGAGGAAGAGAUGUCCUUACUGUCGCUUUCAGAAGUGCAUCAGUGUCGGCAUGAGACUCGAGGCUGUCCGAGCAGAUCGAAUGAGGGGGGGAAGAAACAAAUUUGGCCCCAUGUACAAGCGUGAUCGUGCCCUUAAACAGCAGAAAAGAGCUUUAAUCAGAGCCAGCUUUAAAAUAGAGCCCAACCCAAACCUGCCAUCCACUGCCCAGUCUGAGUACCCUUAUCCCAGGUCACUCCCCACUCCCCAUCCCUCUUCACUAUCCUCUCCAGAGUAUGACUGCCCUCCUCUCUGCCCGACGGCCCUGGGUGUGGCCCUGCAGAGCUAUGGGUCAUUUCCAGCUCAGUGCCAGUACACUGCUCCGUCCCUGCCUACUAGAUCCAUUAAGGCAGAAUAUCCACAUGCAUACUCCAGUUCCCCUGACUCUUCACUAGGGUACCCCUACCCUGAUGGCUGCAUGCCUGCCUCUCCACACACUAGUCCUAUGCACCCAGGAUUGCCCCCACUGGUGCUAGAGCUGGUCAGCUGUGAUCCAGAUGAGGAGCAGGUGAGAGGGAAAAUCUGCUCUUUUCUUCACCAGGAGCAAAGCGGCAGGGGUAAACUGGAUAAACCGCGGCCCUUCAGCCUGUUGUGUGUCAUGGCGGAUCAGACACUAUUCUCUAUUGUUGAGUGGGCAAGAAGUUGUGUCUUCUUCAAGGAACUAAAGGUGGGAGAUCAGAUGGGGCUGCUGCAUAACUGCUGGAGUGAACUUCUGCUUUUUGAUCAUAUCUGCAGACAGGUGCGUCAUGGGAGAGAGAACAGUCUGCUUCUCAUCACAGGACAGGAGAUUGAGCUGUCAGCAGUGUUGGUUGAAGCAGGACUGACUCUGAACAGUCUAGUGCAGAGAGGACAGGAGCUGGCCAGGAGACUGCAACAUAUGCAGGUGGACAGAAGGGAGCUGGCCUGCAUGAAGUCUCUUAUUCUCUUCAACCCCAAUGUGAAGCUCUUGGAGAACCAGCAGUUUGUGGAGAAUGUUCAGGAGCAGUUGAACAGCGCUCUGCUCGAGUACACACUUUACUCGUACCCGCAGUGUUUUGACAGGUUCAGCCAGCUCAUACUGCGGCUUCCUGAGGUCCGCUCACUCAGUGCACAAGCUGAGGAUUACCUGUGCUACAAACACCUGUGUGGAGAGGUGCCAUGCAACAAUCUUCUCAUGGAGAUGCUUCAUGCCAAGAGAUCUACUGCAGUGUGA